GCAGUUUAUAUGUUCUGUUUUUUUUUUUUUCAACACAAAUCUAUUGAUUAUAAAAUAGUACAAAUCAAAUGAAAAAUGUGAUAACUACAGUCCCAAGCUGAUCUAAUAAUAAUAAUUAUGACUAAAAGAUUAGAAGUUGGAGAAAAAAAAAAUAGUUUGUCUAUGGUCACUCAUUGUUUACGUCAGUGAGCCAAAAAAUAUUUGCGAAUUACGCAGGAUUUUAAUCAUAAAUGUACCUCUUUUUAAUGAUUAAAAACGUUAAAAUUAAUGCAGUUCCGUAAACGGAAACUCGAUUUACGAAAGUGAUUAGUUAAUAGUGAUGAAUUAAAAAUUAUAACCUGAAAGGUUACGGAGUCGUAGAUGUUAUUAGAGAAAUAAGUGUUUAUAGUAUUAACAAUGGCUUUGCAGCUGUCUAGAAGAGAGGUAGAGGACCUACGAUCUUCCCUCGACCGUGCAAUCUACAGGACUAUUGGAAAAUCCGAUAGUUCUUUACUGUCCACAGUAUCAUCUUGUUUGACCAGUGGAUAUGAAAGACGCAAGAUAAUAGACAAGAUCUCUGCGCAUAUAGACUCAAAGAAAGCGAGCAAACUAGCAGACAAGGUCCUUGCCUUGGCACAGGAGCUGGUUUCCUCGGGGAAGGCUCCUAAAAGGAAACAUGAUGAGAACAGAGAGAAGGAUAAAGAGAAGGAAGUCAAAAGAUCUCGACAUGAAGAGAAACAUGAAAAAAAUGAUGAUAAAAGAGAUAGAGAUAAAGAAGAGUUAAAAGAGAAGAAAGUGGAGAACCUGAUAGAACUCCCUCUCAUCAUGCCAGGGGGGGAGACCAUAGGAUCCAAGAUGGCCGGCCUCAGUGCUGAUAAAAUCAAGCUGAUGAUGGCGAACGCCCAGAAAGAGAUAGAAGAGCGCAAGCGCACGUUAAUGGCGCUUAAGGGCGAACCGCGCAACGUGACGGCCGCGGCGGCAACCGCGCAACAGAUCAAAGUGCAGAUGCAGCAAAAUAACGCUAUACCGCCACCUAGCGUCAUCAAGCCCGUACUAUACUCCAAACCCGCGACGAUGCCCCUGUCAGCCGAGGAGUUGGAGAAGCAGAGGAAGAUCGCGGAACUGCAGGCGAGGAUACAGAGGAAACUGGCAGGCGGAGCCCUAGGCCCGGCGGGGAGCACGGGGCCUGCGCCCCUUAUUCUGGAUCGCGAGGGGCGCACUAUCGACACCUCGGGGAAAAGGGUCCAAUUGACCCAUGUAGCUCCUACCCUGAAGGCCAACAUCAGAGCGAAAAGACGCGAAGAGUUUCGAGCCCAGCUUAGUGGGCAAGUGACAGAGCCAGUGGGCGAGGCCGCGUGGGUGGACGACCGCGUCGCGAGCAAGCCGCCCACGCGUGUGAAGCGGGCCUUACGCUUCCACGAGCCGGGCAAGUUCACGCAGAUGGCUGAGCGGUUGCGGAUGAAGGCCCAACUGGAGAAACUGCAGAAUGAGAUUUCUCAAAUCGCCCGCAAGACAGGCAUAUCGUCCGCGACCAAGUUGGCUCUGCUCGCCGCCGACGUGCCCGACUCCGACCGGGUUCCGGAUAUCGAGUGGUGGGACAGCGUGAUUCUAAUGACGCCGGAAGAACGCGAGACGAAACGAAAGCGUGGGAAAGCAGUGACGUCAGCUGACGAACGUUCCGAUACGCAGAGGGUUGAAGCUUGCAAUAUAGGUGACGACGACAUAGUGGACAAUGUCAACGAAGACGCCAUUACGAACCUGGUGGAGCACCCGCAGCAACUAAGGGCGCCUACGGAACCUCUGAAACCGACAUACAUGCCUGUCUUCCUCACGAAGAAGGAGAGGAAGAAGUUGCGGAGGCAGAGUCGGAGGGAAGCGUGGAAGGAAGAACAAGAGAAGGUCCGCCUCGGCCUCGAAGCGCCGCCGGAACCAAAACUGAGGAUAUCGAACCUGAUGCGCGCGUUGGGCACAGAGGCCGUGCAGGACCCGACGGCCAUCGAGGCGAGAGUGAGGGAACAGAUCGCCAAACGACAGAAGACGCACCAAGACGCCAACCAAGCCAGGGCGCUCACCAAGGACCAGAAGAGGGAGAAGGUUGAUAGAAAAAUACGUGAAGACACGUCCAUGGGGGUUCACGUGGCUGUAUACAGGGUGAAGGACCUAUUCGAGUGUGCAUCAGCUAAGUUCAAAGUAGAAGUAAAUGCUCAACAAUUGCACAUGACUGGAUUCGUAUUGUUACAUCGCGGUUGCUGCGUAGUGGUCACCGAGGGCGGGCCCAAACAGCACGCUAAGUAUAAGCGGCUGAUGCUGGAGCGCAUCAAGUGGGAGGAGGAGAUGGUGAAGGACGCGGACGGGGGGGAGGUGCCCAACGCCUGCCAUCUGGUGUGGGAGGGCGUCACCGCGCGGCGAGCCUUCGGGGACAUCAAGUUUAAGGUGAUGCCAACAGAGAAGCAAGCUCGCGAGCUUUUCCAAAAGCACGGAGUGGAACACUACUGGGACCUCGCCUACAGCGGCGCCGUGCUCGGCGCCGGCGCUGAGGAGCCCUGAGCCGCUAGCGGAGCCCUACCGAAAUGUGUGUUGAUAUGAAUAAAUGACUUGUAUAGAC